CACAACAGCAUCACCAACAUCUAAUAGGAUUAGGUACCACUCGACACCACCUGACAGUUGUUGGAUUAACACAACUCAAGUGCACCUCCAGGCGGAGCAAAGCUCAUUCGUUCAUGCAACUUCCGUGCACUCAUGCCGCUUGAGUGCCCAAGGUAGCCGAUUUCAUUCCUCCCCUCGAUUCGGGUCUCAUGCGCCUGCAUGUAAUGCAUCGCAAUGUGGACCUAUAUGAUGGCUGCAGCCCGCGGAGAUCGGGUCAAUACUAUGAUGUCCACCAGACGCCGGCCUGAAACCGAAUCGCCCAAAUAUGGUUACAACCUAAGCCGUCCCAUGUAUCGCACUACGCGCUUUGCAAGUCCCUCAUCUACAGCCACAGCUCAAAUUCCUUACGGCAGUUCAACAAGCCAGAACGCUGCCGAAGCUCUUUUCCAUACGGCAUUCAAUGGUUUGGACAACGCGUUGGCAACCGAAGAAGUCAGUGGCGGCUUGUAUGCUCCAUUCAGGCCAAUGGCUGCGAUUACGCCGGAUGGAGCAAGUGGUAGCGUUUGUCUGCCACGCAAGCACAUAAUUGCCAACCAAACGCCAACGCCGGAGCUGAUGCACAGACCCUUGGGUCAGCAGCAUCAGCAGCAUGCUAUGAACAGUUGUCAACGUGCCCCUUGGCAACGACAUUAUCAGCAGCGUGGCAUGCUUUCAUCCAACACCAACAGGCGUCCCAGCUCGCUCAGCAAUGAAACAACGGAUGGGGAGGAGGAUGAUGAUGAAGUUGAAGAGUACGAUGAAGAUGUUGCUGAGGCCACCGCUGUGGCUGCUGUGCGGAAGGACCAGUGCCAGGCCGUUCCUGUUAGCCACCAGAACGAUGAGAACUAUCUGGAGAAUGGACGGAAACUUAUUCAAGAGCAAACGAAACGCACCAAGCCGUCGGCGCUGCGACGCACACUGCAGGCAUUACGUCAGCGUCUGACCAAACGGAAUCGGGCCAAGCCACCCGACUGGUUUCUGGAGAAGUUCUCGAAUACGACCAAUACGGAUAAGAUAGGCAAAAAUGCCGCCGACGAUGCGGCACUCUCCAGUGAGAUUCGCGGCAACAGCGCCCUGUGCAAUCGACUCUCCGUGGAUCCGACAUUGCAGUCCCACUACCGGUGGCUGGCCAUUGUCUCUCUGGCUGUGUUAUAUAAUAUCAUCUUUGUGGUUGGACGGUCGGUAUUCUGGGAGAUUAACAAGAACGCGCCUGCUGUCUGGUACACACUGGACUAUCUGUGUGAUUUCAUCUACCUGCUGGAUACAUUGGUGCACAUGCACGAGGGUUUCCUGGACCAGGGCCUCCUGGUGCGAGACGCCUUUAGGCUGCGACGGAAUUACUUUCACACCAAGGGCUGGUAUCUGGACAUACUAUCCAUGCUGCCAACCGAUCUGGCCUAUAUCUGGUGGCCGCCAGAGACUUGCUCCAGUUUGUAUCUACCCUGUCCAGUAAUUGUGCGCCUGAACCGCCUGCUGCGUCUGCCACGCCUUUGGGAGUGGUUCGAUCGGACAGAGACAGCCACCGGAUAUCCGAAUGCGUUUCGCAUCUGCAAAGUGGUGCUGGCCAUAUUGGUGCUCAUCCAUUGGAAUGCCUGCAUGUAUUUUGCCAUUAGCUACGAGUUGGGCUUCAGUUCCGAUAACUGGGUAUACAACUUGAACGGAACCCGCAACAACACUCUCCAGCGUCAAUACAUCUACAGCUUCUACUGGUCCACCCUGACUCUGACGACAAUCGGCGAGACGCCCACGCCCGAGAACGAUGCGGAAUAUUUGUUUGUGGUGGCCGAUUUCCUCGCCGGCGUGCUCAUCUUCGCUACCAUUGUGGGUAACAUCGGCUCAAUGAUAUCUAACAUGAACGUGGCUCGUGUGGAGUUUCAGAACCGCAUGGAUGGUGUGAAACAGUACAUGGCCUUUCGUCGCGUGGGGCAUGAGUUGGAGGCGCGCGUCAUACGAUGGUUUGCCUACACCUGGUCCCAAAGCGGGGCCCUAGACGAGGAGCGAGUGCUGGCUGCUUUGCCUGACAAGUUGAAGGCAGAGAUUGCCAUUCAGGUGCAUAUGGAUACGCUGAAGCAGGUGCGCAUCUUCCAUGACACCGAGCCGGGACUGUUGGAGGCGCUCGUUCUGAAGCUGAAACUACAGGUCUUCAGUCCGGGUGAUUAUAUUUGUCGCAAGGGGGAUGUGGGCAAAGAAAUGUAUAUUGUGAAGCGUGGCAAGCUGUCGGUGGUAGGCGAUGAUGGCAUCACGGUGCUGGCCACUCUGGGAGCUGGGUCUGUCUUUGGCGAAGUGUCCGUCCUGGAAAUUGCCGGCAAUCGGACGGGAAAUCGACGCACGGCUAAUGUGCGUUCUCUGGGCUACUCGGAUCUCUUUUGCCUGGCUAAGCGGGACUUGUGGGAGACACUGGCUGAUUAUCCAGAGGCACGCUCCACGCUCACACAACGCGGCUGCCAAUUGCUGCGCAAGGACGGUCUGCUGGACGAGCAAAUCUUUGCGGAUUCGCAGCGUGUGCAUGACAGCAUUGAGGGCGGCAUUGAGAAGCUGGAGUUGUCGGUGGAGAACCUGAAUUUGCGUUUGGCCCGCCUGCUGGCCGAGUAUACGGCGAGCCAGGCCAAAAUUAAGCAGCGUCUGGCCAAACUGGAGCUUAAUGGCAGCCAUACCAUGUCCCGUUUCGAGGGCGAACCACAGACACGAGCACGCAGCGGACGGCUGUACUCGUUGCAGCCAAAGAGGCGCCCACGUGCGCGUCCGGACUCAGCUGCCAAGUGCGGUGAAGUCAACAAGCAGAAUACGCUCUAA